UUCAAUCUGGGCGUAGUGCUGUAGUACUGUACCGCAAAAACAAAACAGCAGUAUACAGUAUCUAUCCUUCCUUAUUGGAAUCAUUGAUGGCAUAAGUUUAUCAUUGUUAAAGUAUUACUUACGUUUAUUUUUUGCAAUAAAUAGUGUUUUUUGAUUAGCUUCAGUGAAAUGUCUAACGCAGAUAGAUUAGAUCUUAAGUGCCGGUUAUGCUUGAGCCUUGUUUCAGGAAAGCGAUCCACAUCUUCAAUCGACGAUGAAUCCUUUCGUUCCAAAUUGAAUGCUGUUUGUAAUGUUUUGUUCGCUGCCAAUGACCAACUCCCAACGAAGGUGUGUUCGACAUGUUUCAAGAAGAUUUCGGAAUUUCACGGUUUUGUGGAAAGCGUAAGAUGCAACCAGGAACAGUUACUGUCGAUGAUCCUGCUCCCUCAAGUCAAAGCCGAAGUCGAAAUAAUUGUGAAGGAUGAAGUGAUCCACGUAGAGGAAGUGAAACCAGAGGAGGAGUUGGAGGAAUCAUUCACAGAUGAAAAGGUCGAACCGAUGGAAUUGACCCCAGUGGAGGAUGAUGCCAAUGAGGAUGACGAUAACAAAUCUGACAUUUCCCAAGGCGCUGUGGAUGAGAUCAAUGUCACCGAAGAUGAUCGUUUGAUUUUGCAAUUUUUCACUUUGAACUGCGAUACGUGCUCGAGUGCGUUCGAAACCUUCAAACACUUGAAGCAGCAUAGUAAAAAACUGCACGGACGGAAACCGACACUUCAAUGCGUCAAAUGCAACAAGAGUUUCCAAUAUAAGUUCAAACUGUUGCAUCACAUCAACCUCCAUUUGAGACCAUCCAAGUGCGAAGUCUGCGGAAAGGGAUUUGCAGACCAAAAAGCACUGCAGGUUCAUCAUUCGAACAAGCACUCAAUUGAUGUGGAUAAGCCCUUUAAAUGUGAGAAAUGUCCUCAAUCGUUUCAAAAGGAGAACUCCCUCAAAUCUCAUCUCAAGCUGCAUGAGCGGGUAGAUUGUUCAAUCUGUGGGAAAAAUCUAUCUAACGUGUACAAUCUGAAGAGCCACAUGUCCAUAAUGCAUAGCACUGAGGAACGACAGUUCAUCUGCGACGUUUGUGGCAAAGAGUUCAAAUCCCGUGGGGCCAUGGACUCGCAUAGUGUGGUUCACAAGGAGCUCACACGUGAGGAUGGAGCUCGGUGCCAAAUCUGCAACACAUGGAUCAGCCGGAAGAACAGACUUCGGCGACACAUGAUCGAAAUACACGAGUCGAAGGAAGCCGAAUGCGACGUAUGCCACAAAACGUACCCCAACAUGAAGGCGAUGGUCAACCACCGGCGCAACAUUCAUGGAGGGCAAACGUUCGAGUGCGAGAUUUGCGGCAAACAGUUCAAGAGAAGUAUCAACCUGAAGGAACACCGGGCAGCGGCACACACCGGGGAGAAGCUGUACUCGUGCGAGUUUUGUGGAAUGGAAAUGAACUCGAAUGCGAACCUGUACCAACAUCGGAAGAACCGACAUCCGCAGGAAUGGAUGGAGGGCAAGCAGAAAGCGGCUAGGCUAAUCGAUUAGAGGAGUGAAUUUGUAUCUGCGUGAUAGGAAAACUGUUUGAUGAAUACAAUAAAAUUGGGAAAAUCUAUGAAAGCUAAAUUGAACGUAAUCGCAGGGCUGGUAAA